GAAGUACCCACAUCAAAGAGCUUUAGCUGGAUGAGGAGUUUCUUGCUUUGUCCUUUUGCUGGUGUAUAUUUCUUACCCCUGUCUCCGAAUAUGUAGAUCUUGCUAGCGGAAUUUGAAAUGUGUUUCGUUGAAAUUUAACCGAGUUGAGUUCGUUUGCUAACUUUUAAGUCGGUAGUGGGCCGAUCCUAACAAAUAGCAUUAGCUGAUUCCCAGUGUUGAGGGUUAGGGUUGGUAGCACCUGUCCUUUGGUCUGCGAAACUGUUGUGGAUAACAAUGUUAUCGCCCCAUUCGGCUCUACAGCCUCUUAUUGAAUAAAUCAUGAAGGUGUUUUUGCAGAGGAUACACAACAUCUUCCUGCAGAUUGCUUUGUUUCCAAGCAGCUUUGGUAAAAAGGCUCCACUGCCAGCAGCAUCAGAGGUGUUAACCUGCCACCUGCAGCAGCGCAGACUACCACCCUGGACUUCAUUCUGCGUCCGCUACAGCUCUGUCCACAACGAUCAGUUUGGCCUCUCCAACUUUAACUGGAGAGUUCAGGGAUCCAAUUAUCACAUUCUGAGGACAGGCUGCUUCCCCUUUGUGAAAUAUCAUUGUACCAAAGCACCUCCACAGAACCUGGACUUUGAAAACAAGUUUUUUUCCAUGCUAAAAGUUAUUAAUUUGGGUAUCCCCUGUUUGGCAUAUGGCAUUGGCUGCUGGAUGGUGAUAGGAGCUGCAGAAACAGUGCAGACGAGUGUUGGACCUGUCACUGUCUAUUUUGCCUAUAAAGAAGAAGAAGGUGCGCAGUACUGAAAUAAAGGACUUCUUUACUAUGUAUUAAGACACUGAUGUCAACCAAGCUUCUGGAUUUUCUCCUGAUAAUGUUCUGCUGUAUUUGGAUUUGCUGUCAUGCUGUAUGCAGCAGGUGGCCUUGUCUGACUGCAUGGGUUAUGUUAUGCUAAAUUAAUAAAUAUUUAUU